AUGGAACUACAACCUCUUGACUCAAUCCCUCAGCGAAUUUCUUCAUCAGAAUACAAAUCUCUUCACACAAAUACAGGCUUUCCAGCAAUUCUUAACGAUAGAAUUCUAAAAGCAGCUCAUGGUGAAGAGGUUGAUAAAAUUCCUAUUUGGAUUAUGAGACAAGCCGGCCGAUAUUUAGAAGAAUUCCGCAAUCUCCGUGUAGAAAAUGAAUUUUUCAGGAUCUGCACAACUCCACGCUUAGCCUGUGAAGUGACACUUCUCCCUAUAAAUCUUCUCCCUCUAGAUGCAGCAAUAAUCUUUUCUGAUAUAUUGGUAAUUCCUCAGACCAUGGGCAUGGAAGUAAUCAUGGAAAAAGGAAAAGGCCCAGUUUUUACUCAUCCUUUACAGACACCAGAAGAUAUAAAUUUAUUGAAAAUUCCUGAUAUUUCUACAGAUUAUGAGCCUUAUUUAGAUGCGAUUUUUUUGACUCGGCAUUCUUUAUAGUAAAAUUAAAAAAUUUCAUUAGAAAUUAAAUAAUUUUUUUUAAAAAAAACAUAAAGGCUGUUCUUUAUUAGGAAAAGUUCCAUUAAUCGGCUUCUGUGGAGGCCCUUUCACAUUAUUUACUUACAUGAUAGAAGGUCAAGGAUCUACUGUAUUUACAAAAUCUCGAAGGUGAAUAUACCAAUACCCUCAAGAAACCCAUAGACUUUUAGACAUGCUCACAAACAUCCUCUGCGACUUUUUAUUAGCUCAAAUUUGUAGUGGAGCCCAAAUGCUGCAAAUCUUUGAAUCACAUGCCGGAAUUUUAGGCCCAGACGAAUUUGAAGAAUUUUUGCUAUACAUUUUUAUAUGAAUUUACUUAUAAAUAUUUUUUAAUAUAAAAAAAUUAAUUAUUAGGAAAAAGCAUAUCUUAUAAUAGAAAAAUCGCAUCAUUUUUAAAAGAAAAAGCAAAAAUUAACCCAGGCCUAGAAGCUCCUUUAAUAAUUUUCUGCAAAGAUGCAGGCUAUGCAUUAGAAUCUAUAUGCCAAACAGAAUUUGAUAUAAUUCAAAUAGACUGGACAGUUCCAAUCCCCAGGGCAAGAGAGCUUGCAAAUCGCUAUGGAAAAGUCCUUCAAGGAAAUUUAGACCCAGCUGCGUUAUACGCCUCAGGCGAUUUUAUCAGACAAAAAGCUACUAAGAUGGUAGAGACUUUUGGGAAAGAAAAAUAUAUAUGCAAUUUAGGGCAUGGAAUUUAUCCAGACACAGACCCUGAAAAAUUAAGAGUUUAUUUAGAAACCGUUCAUAGCCUCUAA